UGUCAUGGCGUCUAACACAAUAACUCCAGAUAAAGUAAAGACGUUUUUGUCAACUUUUCUGAGUUCAAAUACCAAAGAAAGCAAAACAGAAAAGAAUGUUGAAGUGAAAUCUGAUGAUGAAAAGAAGGAAGCAGUUUUAUCUCCAAUUGAAUCUGCUGCAAAGUUUGACUAUUUCAAACGAGUGGAAACAUAUUCACCUAUGACAUGGUUUGGUAAGCCAAAGGAAUUAUCUCCACUGAUCUGUGCACGUUAUGGCUGGGAGAACUCAGUGAAUGAUAUGUUACAAUGUGUUAGUUGUAGAGCGGUAUUAAGUGGUCAACUACCAUCAACAACUGAGUUUGAUUUAUAUAAAGAAAGCUGUGAUAAACUAUUAGAAAAGCUGAUAUCAGGUCAUGAAAAGUUAUGUUGGGUGGCUGCUAAUCCAACUUCAGAGCGAUUUAUGAUUUUACCUCUAUAUGAUGUAGUUCAGUUGAAAAAUGAAUUCCAUGAAAGAUUAUGUCAACUGGCCAAGAUUAAAACUACUCUACCAAAGCUAAACUUUGAAAAUCUAGAAAAAUGGGGAUUUGAUGAAGAGAAAUGUACACAGUUAGCAACAUCGCAACAUAUACGAGAAGAUGCUGCUAUAUCAGCUACCCUAGCAAUAACAGGAUGGACACUUGGUGACAGUAUAGAUAUUAUUCGAUGUAAUUACUGUAAAAGAAGAAUAGGUUUGUGGAAUUAUGAAACCAAGGAUACAGUAUGUGAAAGUACAACAGAUGAUGAACCUUCUUCUAAAAGAAUAAAACUGGAGAGAAAAACAACCUUAGAUCCAAUCAUGGAACACAGAUAUUGGUGUCCCUGGGUUACCAUGGAAACAACACCUAGCAAAGAUUCUCUGGGACAUGAUUGUCAAUCAUUUGAUGAUUCCAUCAAUUCCACUGAAAAUGAGGAUGUGUCCUUUACCUUUAAAAGAAAUGAGAAAUGUCCAGGUUGGGUUAAUACAUUGAAGAUAUUAGUACCUGUUAUAGCUGAGACAGUCGGAUCAACUGGAUUAUCAGAUAGUCCAAUGAUAGACGGAAUACGUUCAGUGAGAAAAAUAUUACGUGUAUGGUCGUCACCUGAGAAACCAGCUGAUCCUGAUUCAUCCACAGAAUCUGAUAAAAAGUAAUCUUAGACCUCGGAAAUAUGCAUCCAUCUAAAAGUGAAAAACAGAUUUCCUGUAUUUUGUAUUAUCAUCCUUCACCGAACAAAGUUAUUCAAAUGGGCUACAUGUACGUCCUUCCUUCCUGGUUUUGUUUGCGAGCAUAAACUCAUAAACUGUUCAAGAUAUAGGAAUAUGAUAAGUUUGAUUCUAAUUGCGUAUAGUUUUAUUACAUCAAUACCAUGACUAAGUUCGAUAGUUAGCAUUUUCUGUCCAGUUUAAACAGUAUGAUGAGCAAUUUGAAUGUUUGAUGUUUUAUGAAAAGAUGAAUCUUUCCAUUUUAACCAGGUAGCACAAUUGGGAUGUCUGAUAUUGUUUCCUAUACAUCUUUCAAUAUGUACAGUAAUAGUAUUUGCUUGUUGAUUAACAAUAACAAAGACAUUGACUAUCUAUGUACCCGUGUCUUUUUUGUUUGUGUUUUAACCAUGAAAAAAAUAUGUUUAAAAUAUUGAUGAA